AUGGGCGUCGUUCUCCUCGAGCCACGCCUCGUGCUCGGCGAUGCGACCGGCCAGGUCCUGGAUGCCGCCAGUGGUUCCAACCCCAUAACCCGCGGCUCUGCUGCGCAGUUCCCGGUAGUUGAAAUUGCUCGCCAGCCAGGUUGCCACCUCGCUCAGAGGACGUGGGGCAUCUUCCUUUGGGAUGUCAGCGGACGUAAAGCCUUCGGCAACGAGCUUCUUCACGACCUCGAGCUUAUCACCGUGCCCGUUCAUGCCUUGAAGGCGGGCGAACGGGCGGAGGACGUCCAGCCGGUGAGAGAGGAGGUCCCGAAUGACGCUGUUCUUGACGUCGUCGCCGGCGUCGAAGUCCUGGACGCUCAAGAUCCUGCCCCGUCGGAAGGAAAAGUAUGGGCGACCAAACGUCGAUCGGCGAUAGCGGCCGAGGUUGCUCUCGUCCUCGGCCUCCAUCAACCGAAUGGCCACGUCAUGCUUACAGCCCUCGACGAAGAGCCCUCUUGA